AUGGACUCAAAAAAGAUUAAAGAUACUCUUCUACUUCCCAAGACUGAAUUUCCGCUGAAAAACACUAAUCAUUUAGAAACGGAAAAAAAAAUCAGAGAAUUGUGGGAAGAAAAACAAAUUUAUCAGCAAGUAUUAGAAAGAAAUAAAAGUAAUCAGUCCUUUGUCCUUCAUUCGGGUCCUCCUUAUGCGAAUGGUAAAAUUCACCUGGGGCAUGUUUUAAACUUCCUAAUUAAAGAUAUUAUUGUCCGUUCCCAGGCUUCCACGGGUUAUUAUACUCCUUUUCUGCUUGGUUGGGACGCCCAUGGUUUACCUAUCGAACACAAAAUGCUUCAGCUUCAUAAAGACAAAAAAAAUGAUUUGCGACCACUUUGCCAUCAAUUUGCCUUAGAACAAGCCCAAAAUCAACGAGAACAAUUAAAAAAAUUAGGAUUAUUUACUAAUUAUGACAAAUAUUACAUUACUCUGGAUAAAAAUUAUGAAGCCGAACAAUUGCGAGUUUUUGGUGAAAUGGUGAAAAAAGGACUAAUUUAUCAUGGUUAUCGUCCGAUUCAUUGGUCGUGGAGCCACGAAACAGCCUUAGCCGAAAAUGAAAUAGAAUAUUUAGAAAAAAAAGAUACUUCUCUUUAUUUUAAAAUUAAGUUGGUAGAAAAUCCUAGAUUUUCAGUAGCCGUCAAAAAAACAGCCUCUUAUGCUUUGGUUGAAUAUAAUAAUGAAAAUUUAAUAAUUUUGGAAAAAUUAAAAGUAGAGAAAAUAUUAGAUGGUGAAAAAUUAUUGGGAUUAAAUUAUUUUCAUCCUUAUCGGAAAGAUACCCAAGGAUAUGUUGCGGAUGGCAGCGAUUUUAUUGAGGAGGGGGAAGGCACGGGAAUAGUUCAUUUGGCACCCGCUUUUGGAGCCGAGGAUUUUGGUCUGGCAAAAAAGGAAAAGUUGGUUAUUGAAUGUCCUCUAGAACCUAAUGGCUUAUUUAAUGAAAAAAUUGGAGUUACAGAAGUAAUUAAUAAACAUUAUUCAGAAGUUAAUCAGUAUGUUAUCACUAAUUUAGAAAAAAGGAAUUUAAUAGUAAAAAAAGAAAUAAUUACCCAUAGUUAUCCCCAUGAUUGGCGUGAUAAAAGUCCCCUGGUUUAUCGGCUAACUAAACAAUGA